GUGUAUCUAUGACUACGAUACAAGCACUGAGGGUAAUAUCAGCCAACCAGUUAUCUUAACCUCUAGCAUUUAUUUUCCAAGCGGAAAGACUUCGCCUUGAUUUGGCGGGUUUCACGCUCCCUUCAACAUGUCGACAAUCGACCUGGGUCCUGCUGGAACUCUCACGAAUUCGCGGUACUCGCUUACUCUGUCAAAUCACAAGCGGCUCAUCCUGUUUCGCUUGCCUCGGAUAAGCCAAUCACACCCCCCGGCCGGUCUUGGGUGCCAUGACUGGAUUUACUAUGCCAUGGAGGCUGAGUGCCCGCAUGCCGGCGGGCCAAUGGCCGAUGCUCAUAUAGACAUUGAGGAUUCUUCCUAUGUCGCAUCUUGCCCCUGGCAUGCCUACGACUUCAACCUUGAUACCGGCGAGUCUAGCUAUGGCGUCAAAGCAUGCACUUAUCCCGUUCGCCUGCAAGAUGGCCGGUUGCAGUUGCAGCUUGUUGAAGCCGAAGGCGUGCGGCUGUCUACAAUCCAGCCUGUCAGUGAAAAGGUCAAGUUCAAGCACGGCCCGAGGCAGCAGCUACACGGGCCGCCCACAUAUCUCAAUGAUAAUGCUACACUGUGUGACUGGUGUGUCCAUGUCCUGAAUACUUCCGACCCCGAGCACAAAAUUGAGCUCACCACCCACCUCUUCUCUGUAUUCGCUACACGGGAACAGUCCACGACUCCGAUGGAGCUCGGCGCUGGCACUGUGGUAGCCCCUGAGGAGCCUCCACGACACGAUCUUCGACAGGUGAAACCUGGCCAGAUGCCUAAGGCUGGCAAAGGAGGAAGCCUGAAGAGUAGGAUUGCAAUGCUGCAUGCUCUUGCCAACAUUGAACUCUGGGCGAUCGAUCUCGCCAUCGAUAUCUGCGUGAGGUUUGCCACAUUCCAAACUACAGCGACCGCCGACUCGGUCUCUCAGAACUUGCCACGAACAUUCUAUUACGACUGGCUCAAAGUAGCUAAUGAUGAGGCCAAGCAUUUCUCAUUGCUUCGCGCUCGGUUGGAGGAGCUGGGAAGUUUCUUUGGGGCCCUCCCUGUUCACCACGGUCUAUGGGAGUCUGCUACCGUGACCGCGCACGAUCUCAGGGCGAGGAUUAGUGUCAUCGCUCUCGUCCAUGAGGCGCGAGGCUUAGAUAUCAAUCCCCUGACCAUCGAAAAAUUCCGUGUUGCAGGAGACACGGACAGUGUUGAUGUUAUGACAAUUAUCCACAAUGACGAGAUCACGCAUGUAACGACAGGCCAUAGAUGGCUCACGUGGAUUUGUCAGCAAGAAAAUACAGAUCCGGUUCAGGUCUUCCGCACCAAUGUGCAGAGGCAUUUCAGGGGUAAUGUCAAGGGCCCUUUCAACGCGGAAGCAAGACAGCAAGCUGGCAUGGACAAGCAUUACUACGAAAACCUAACUGGACUACCAGGUGGGAAAGGGGAAAUCAUUGCCGGGGGCUGAAUAAGGAAGACACAGCUGUGUAAAGGCCCAAGGGGAUUCG